AUGGGUAAAGGCUUCACAAUUUUUCAGUUUGAUUCUGAAAAUGACAUGGCUUCGAUGUGGCAGAGAAGCCUUGUGAAGAUUGGAGGUCAGAUAAUUCUCUUUCAAAGAUGGCACCCUGACUUCAGCAUUCAUGAAAAUAACAAGGCCCUAGUUUGGGUGCGCUUUCCAGAUCUGCCCCUGGAAUAUUGGCAUGAAAAGGUCUUACUGACUAUGGCAAAGGUGGCGGGGCGGCCAGUUGCUCUUAAUCAUAGCACCAAAAAUGUCAUUUAUGGGAACUAUGCUCGGGUUCUGAAGGUGCUUUACGAGGAUUCUCUGGGAAAAUGUGGCUUUUGCAAAAAGGUGGGGCAUAUCAUCAGUAACUGCAGGGAGAAGAAGAUUGUAGAUUCUAAGAUCUCUCGAUCUGAGAAUGACAAAGGUAUUCUAGGUGCAGUUUAUGUGGAUGAGGCUCCCAAGGGCUCGGUAGAUGAGGCUGUUCGUGGUGGGAAUUUAGCCAUGCUUGAUGGAGGAACCACCCUUCACGGUGGUGGAGCUGCCAUGCAGGGGGCGAGGGUAUCCACCAUGGGGGAGAGAGAGAAUCUCAUAGAGAAUCUUCCAAUUAUGGAAGGCGAGUCCAACAAGGAAAGUGAUGAUAUGGAGAGUCCUAUGGAGAAUGUUACGCCCCAAUCAAGGAGACCCUCUCCUUUGGGCGCUGAGGGGGAUUUACUUACCACAUUAAAUGGUUCUAAUUCAAAUUUUGAAAUUGCUUCUAACAUGGAUAACAAUAAUCAGUUAGAAGUAGUCCUGGGUUCGGAUGAUGAGGUGGAUGGGUUGGGUUUGGAGAUGGAUCAUGGCCACACUGAUUACCCACCUAACCCAGAAGAUGUUGGGUAUGGGUAUGACGCUAGACAGGACCCUUAG